CGACACACAACAGCACAUACAAAAUAAAAGAUAAAAUCUUAUUAAAGACUUGCAUACCAAUGUUUCCACAGAGCCGACUGGUAUCUGAGCACUGACAGGGAUGUGAAACAUUAUAAUAAGAUUGUUCAAUGAGCUGCACAAACGAUGCAUAAACUGGUAUGUCAAAUUUCUCCUGAGAGCCUGAAACGUUCUGACUUGUGCAUCACAAAACAUCUCACUUGCCCUGCUGAACCUGGGUUUCUUAAGCAGAAUUCUUUGACUUUUAAAGUCAUAAUUUUUUUAAUCAAAAUGAAAUGCGAUAAAAUGUGUUUAAUAAAUCUCUCUGUUUAUCUUUUUCCAACAUGUUUCUUAACAAUUCCUUUUAAAGACACAGACAUUGUAUUAUAAAACAUGCUGGUUUUAAUGGAUGCUGCUGAACAUGUAACUUUGUGGAGCUGGCUGAGUUUGGAAAUCUGUUCACAGAUAAACUCCUCCCUCUAAAUGAAAGGUUUGUGACAUUUCCAGUUACUGCAAAUUAUAAUUCGCAUUUUGCAUUUCCAGUAGUCUUUCACCAAUCAGACCUUUUCCUCAUUCCAGGUUACCUCGUUGUGCACCAGUGCAUUCCAGUAAAUCUUUCACGGAUGGAUCACAGGGUGUGGACCAGAGGCUCUCUGUGGAAGUGUAACUUCAUUUGUCUCUGAUAACUUUCAGCCUUUCUCUGAAACCUUCACUCUGUCACCAUGUUAUCGUCUGUGCUGCUGCUGCUGCUCAUCAAUGGAGCUCAAGCUGCUUAUUAUGGUGCUGUCAUUACCAACUACUUUGGAGACGUUCAGCCCUUCGUACUAACCUAUCACUUUAAGGAGAGCGGAAGCUCAUGCCAAGAGGUCGACAUUUGGCAUUGUGGUGGAAACUGUACUACUCCACCAGUUUAUGCAGUUGAUGAAAGCAGGAAUGAAUGGUGUCAAAAAACAGAAGUUCGUAUUUACUACAGCUACGGCCCAAGAACAUUUACAUACCAACAUUCAGUUGGUUCUUCAAGCUGGACUGAAAACAGAAAUGGGAUUAUAACACCGAAAUUAAUAAUAAGCAACGACUUCAGAACCCGUUCUGACAUCAACAAACCAAACUCAACACCUCGGAUCUCCAUCCUCCCUGUACUCAGAGUUCCUUCAAACUGUCAGAGGAACAUCAACCUGCUGGUCUCUGACCCAGAUGGAGACGACGUCAGAUGCAGAUAUGCAGCCGGAUCAGAGUGUGACACCUGCACUCCUCCAUCUGUCCUCAGUGUCUCUUCAUCUUGUUCUCUGUCAUUCAGUCCCACUAACAGCAGUGAUGAAGGUCCGUAUGCGGUUCAGAUGAUGGUGGAGGAUUUUCCCAGGCAAACCAUCAAUCUGACUGAUGGCUAUACUGGUGUACAGUCGGUGAAAACUACCAGUGACGCUAUCGGCAGCAUUCCUGUCCAGUUUGUUUUUAAAGUGGAUCCUGCAGCUCCGUCCUGCACAACAGGUGAAUAUCUGCCCAGGUUUCUGCCUCCAACUCCUGAACAUGGAGCUCAGAUCUACACCAACGUUAGUGAGACUGUGGAAAUCAACAUCAGAGCAGAGGCGACCCAGGCUGAGACCACUGAGCUCCUGUUCAGCGGACCGCCAGGUGUAACCAAGAGUUCAUCAGGAUCAGGAAACUUCAGCCUGACAUGGACACCAAUUGCUGGUGACGGAGGACUGAACUACCCUCUCUGCUUCGUUGUCCAAGCAAACUCCUCCCGCUCUGUGUACCAGUCUGACCUUCGAUGCGUCUUUGUGACGACUGGGAACACAACUGUUUCCCGCUCCAAUACGACUACACCUCCACCAACUACACUGAGAACUACAACCAACCAACCCACCACAACAACUACACCUCCUACAUCCUCCACCCCAAAUGCAACACCAGACCCAGGACCAUAUUAUCUUUUGGCUCUGAAUGCAGAGAUCUCCACUUCACUGUCAAUGGAGUCUGACUCUGCAACCAUCAUGAACCUGAUCAAAGAGGAGCUCAGACGACAAGGACUGCCUUCUGACAUAAUGCUAAAGCUGCUAAGCAGUACUUUAGUGGGAGUUACAACUCAAGGCCCCUAGUGGCUAAAAAAUAUUAUAAAUCUGAUCUUUCCUGGGAAAUGUGUUAACACACUUUCCAGGAAAGAUCAGAUUUAUUAUGCAAAAUCAUUUGGAUUGAUUUUCCAAUCAAUGCAAAUGGAAAUUUUAUAGUAUUGUGUUCAAUAUGAGCAAAUACUGUAAAGUCAUAAUGUUCUCAAUCAUAAUUUCUAAUUGUCAAUAAAAGCAAACAUAAUAAAAUUACAUGCUAAAACUAUAACAUAUUAUUAUCUAGACCUAACAACUAGAGAUCUUAGGUCUCUAAGAUUUUGGUUGAAAUUUUAGAGACCUAAACAAAGAUCUUUCAUGUCAUUUAGGUCUCUGAAUCUCAAACUCACUUCCGGAUGGUAAAUAAUAAUAAAAAAAAUUACGUCUGUUUUGCAAUCAUAUCACAGACUUCAUGUUUCUCUUUACACUGAAGAUGGUUCUUGAUGACAGUGGCUGCAGGUUUUAGCUUUUAUUUACCAGAUACAUCCUGUCAUGAUGGAGAAGCUGAAGAGGUGAAAGGUGGAGAGUUGUGGUUAUAAACAAAUCAGUUAUAUAAGUCAACAUUAUUAUAAAGAUGCUGAAGAGUUUGGUUCCACACAGAAGCUCACCAUCGCCAUAAAGAUCAUCGUUUUCCUUUCU